AUGCUUGGCCAUCGAAGGACACCCCGUCGCCUCAAGAGCAUAGUCCCUCCAGGAUACACUCCUCCUUUCAGCAAGUGUUCAGAGGAUCCAGAGGACAACGUCAACACUGACAACCCAAGUGACGAAGCAAUGACUGAUGUACCACCCGAACCAAUGCUAGCAGAAGAAGGGGAGAUGAAGACCACGCAGGCAGAGACAGACGCCGCACGAGGAGAACCCACUCUUCUCGACAUCCUCACAGAAACCCACGCCACCGUCACUAAGCUCCAGCACGAGAUCAACGAACUCCAGAACAUGCCGCCCUACGGCUUCUUCCGCAUCGAGCAGUUCCUGAUUGAAAAGUCUGCUGCCCGAAUCAACCUUCGUAUACUAACAGAGAACCUCGCAAUCCAGAUCGGCCGCAUCGAGGCUUUACCGCACGACCAGCCACUCCCACCCGAAGUGCAACUUCAGCUGCUGAAGACAAAGGACGAAAAGGCCCAGCUGGCCGUCGAGAAGGUCAAGGCGGAGGCUGACGAGCUCCGGACAGAACUCGAUGAGAGCAAGGUCAACUAUCAGCAGGUUAUAGAUUAUCUCGGGAACACCGGGACGGAGAAUUAUACGCUCCGGAAGAACCUGAAGACGAGUGAGGCGCAUCUCAAGAGGGUUACUGCUUUGUAUGAAGAGAAUCUUGGAUGAUCAUCAUGCCAUAUACGGCUAUGGGCAUUGGGAUACUAGGCUUGAUCUUAGGGAGAAGUAUGCGUU